CCGGAGCGUGUCGCGGGGGCGUCACGUCGGCUGGUCACCCGUGAAUAAGAAGGCGAGAGGUGGGGUUGGGGUGGGGCUGCUGCGCCGUGACGCCCGAGCGACCUCCCAGCCCGCCCGCCCUCGUCGGCGCUCCCCCUCUCCCCUCCCCGGUGCUUCCUCCGCGGUCCUUUGCCUCCCGGGUCCUCUUGCUGAGAGCGAGCGGGCGCGCGCGGGUGGGGGAAAUGGCUGAGACCAUCGCGGACACCAGGCGCCUGAUCACGAAGCCGCAGAACCUCAACGACGCCUACGGGCCGCCGAGCAAUUUCCUCGAGAUCGACGUCUCCAACCCUCAGACGGUGGGGGUGGGCAGAGGCCGCUUCACCACCUACGACGUGAGGGUCAAGACAAACCUUCCUAUUUUCAAAUUGAAGGAGUCUUGUGUCAGGCGAAGAUACAGUGACUUUGAAUGGCUUCGAAGUGAACUAGAAAGAGAGAGUAAGGUUGUAGUGCCUCCCUUGCCUGGAAAAGCUUUUUUCCGCCAAUUGCCUUUUAGAGGAGACGAUGGGAUAUUUGAUGACUCUUUUAUAGAGGAAAGGAAGCAAGGGCUUGAACAAUUCAUAAACAAAGUUGCAGGCCACCCCUUGGCGCAGAACGAACGCUGUCUUCAUAUGUUCUUGCAGGAUGAAGUAAUAGACAAAACCUACACGCCCUCCAAAAUAAGACAUGCUUGAAUGCUGCACAACUCUUUAACUGGCAUAAAUGUUAGUGGUGACAUACUUCGUCUAAGAUAUGUAGUUUAAGGUUUUUAGCAUGCUGCAAACAAACUGGCACCAGAAGCCUUCGAUAUACUAACAGCACUGCGUGUUCUUUGCAUUGAUCUUUAUGGCAUUAAAGAACUCUAGGUAAACCUGCUGUCAGACUGUUGAUUAAAUGGCUUUUAAAAAUCUCAGUAUUUUGAAACUCUUCCCUUCUUCCUUUUGCAAUGACCCUUGUGGUGGUUACUGACUCAGCCUUACUCGAACUUGCACUGUUUAUGGUGUCGCACGUUCACUUUUCUUUGAUUUUAAACACUAGAAUAUUUCUGUACAACAACUAGUAUUCAACCUGCAAUUUGGUGACUAACAUGGUGCAUUGUAUUCAAUACCCCCUUGUAUAAAAUAAGCACUUCUGUAGUUGUAUCUUUAAGCUUGCGAGGGGCGGGGUGGGGGUGGGGCAGCCUUUGUACUGAGAAGCAAUGAGGGAGCAUUUCUUUAUAUUGUGUAAAAAGAAAACAGAUUUGUAUACUAAGAACAUUUGUCUAAAAGUUGUUUUGAAAUAAAAAGUAAAAAUGCA